AUGCGAGUCGUGCUCGAUGUCACCGAGGGACUGAGGGAUCGCAACGUCACCUGCGACAAUUUCUUCACCUCUUACGAACUCGGGCAGCAGCUGCUGAAAAGGAAGAUGACCAUGGUCAACAAGCCCGAGCUCCUGCUCGCGCUGCUCUCGCCAAAGGGAAGAGCGGCGUUCUCGUCGAAAUUCGCCUUCACGUCGACCACUACCGGGGCCCUUUACGUGCCCAAGAAAAUCAAAAACGUGCUGCUGGUUAGCACGAAGCACACGGAGGCCGAAGUCAGCGACCGCCGCGACAGAAAGCCGGUCAUCAUACUAGACUACAACCGCUGCAAAGGAGGUGUCGAUAACCUCGACAAGGUGAUUGGAACCUACAGCUGUAGAAGGAUGACGGCUCGCUGGCCCUUGGUCGUGUUCCACAACAUCCUCGAUGUUUCCUCCUACAAUGCCUUUGUGAUAUGGAGAGAACUAAACCCCGAAUGGAUGCCUCAGAAGCGGAACAAGAGAAGGGUGUUCCUAGAGCGGCUGGGAAAGGCGCUGGUGACUCCGUUGAUAGAAAGAAGGGAGCGUCUCCCUCGCACAGAAGCGUCAGCGGCAGUCGUCCGAGGCGUUCGGAGGGCCGUGUCUCGAUCUAGAACUCGCGGUGAGGGCGAGGACGCGGAAGUAUCAGAAGCCGCCGGAGCGGCGUCAGGAGCAGAUGACCCGACCGGGGCGAGGAAGAGGAAGAGGUGUCAGUUUUGCCCGCGGGCAAAGGACAACAAAACUUCCACUGUGUGCAGCGGGUGUAAGAAAUAUAUCUGCAAAAGUUGUUCGCUCCCAUACUGCGCUGAGUGUGCUGCUGAGAAUUUGGAGACGGAUUGA